GACUGGGAUCCCCUAGUGUACUGGAUUCCAAGCUGGAAGACUUUGAGAAAUGGGCCGAAUCCAUCCCUGAUGAUGGAUCUGAAGAAGGCAAGAGACCAUUUGAUCGAGUCGGUAUCCUUAAGAGUAAUAAGACUGUCACUACUCUCAAGGAUGAAUCUCUAUUGGACCAGGCUCUUGAUUUCUUCAAAUUGUUUGACUACAUUGCACCAACUGACGGACUAUACGAGGUUUACGAACGUCCAGAUACUGAUACGGAUUGGUUUGGCUGUAAUAUGGUCGACUUAUUCUGUCCAGAUUCUUACUUUGACAACCCUCCAAUCCCGGCAGCAUUUGAAGUCAAUCAGUCACAUAGGCGACCGAGUGUUCUAUUUGCUCCUGAAGCUCCCAUCGAUUUUGACAUUGAAAUAGGACCAUUGCUUGCCAAAGAUGAUUUUCAAGCUCUUGCACCUGGUUUACCAAAGGAUAUGCUUACUAUUAACGUACCUCCUACACCGAGGCGCAAUCCAAGACGGAAGACUCGUUAUAGUCAUGGUCAUCGCAAUGGGGAGAGAACUGAUAAUGGCCCUCCCCCACGAACCGAGCAAGCACACGAACCUCUGCCACCAACUACUACGGAGUAUAAGAAUCCGAGCUCUGCCGUGAAGUCUCGUGAACGCGAUUGA